UCUUUUAAUAAUAGGCGAUUUUUUAUUUUCAAGAAACAUUUUUUGACGUGAAGAGUGUUUUAUUUAUUGUUAUUUUUAUUUUAUUUUUUAUUUUUUUAAACAUUUUUUUCCUCCUCUUCUCCAAAAAUGUGCGAGGCGCUGUUGGCAAGCUCCCACAGUCUAUGCAUGUGUGUCCCUGCUGCUUCUCUGCUGGGCUACAGCUACUAAACCUAGCUGCUUUUCACUCGGUGCUUAGCUAACAUUAGCCUGGCCGCGUUUAUUGACUUGAAGUACAAGAGAGGGGGAAAAAACAAGCGAAUGUAAAGCGUGUUUGUGCGAUCUGCUUUCCCUUUAUUUUUUUAAUGACAACAGCUCUCAACUUAAUCGUCGCUGUCGGGAUAUAUAAGACGAAGUGUUGUAUGAUUUUGUCGUAGAGAGUAGUUUGCUUGGCUAGCUAACUGGCUAGCUAUUUGUGUGUAUUCUUCGAGUAAGGAAAACGGCGAGUUUUCUUUGAAAGUAUGGAUGACCAGACCAGGAUGAUGACGGGUCUCACCGGACUCGGUGGACUACAACAAGCCGAUGUAGGAGACCCAGACUCGGUCAGGAAACAGCAGUCCCUCGGUCAGCCUCAACAAGACAUAGGGGAUAUCCUACAGCAAAUAAUGGCCAUCACCGACGAAAGCCUGGACGAAGCACAGGCCAGGAAGCAUGCCCUGAACUGUCACAGAAUGAAGCCAGCCCUCUUCAGCGUUCUCUGUGAGAUCAAAGAGAAGACGGUGCUGAGUAUAAGAGGUGUACAGGAGGAGGACCCCCCAGAUCCCCAGAUCAUGAGGUUGGACAACAUGCUGCUAGCAGAGGGUGUGUCAGGACCAGAGAAAGGUGGAGGAUCGGCUGCAGCUGCUGCAGCUGCAGCAGCAGCAGGGGGCUCGCCCACCGAUAGCAGCAUCGAACACUCCGACUACAGAGCGAAGCUCGCCCAAAUCCGCCAGAUAUAUCACUCUGAGCUGGAGAAGUAUGAGCAGGCAUGCAGUGAGUUCACCAACCAUGUAAUGAACCUGCUGAGAGAGCAGUCUCGCACACGGCCCAUCUCUCCCAAGGAGAUUGAGCGCAUGGUGGCCAUCAUCCACCGCAAGUUCAGCUCCAUUCAGAUGCAGCUCAAACAGAGCACCUGCGAGGCCGUCAUGAUCCUGCGCUCACGCUUCCUCGAUGCCAGACGCAAGAGACGCAACUUCAACAAGCAAGCUACGGAGGUGCUGAACGAGUAUUUCUACUCCCACCUGUCUAACCCUUACCCAAGUGAGGAAGCAAAGGAGGAGCUGGCCAAAAAGUGUGCGAUCACUGUGUCUCAGGUCUCUAAUUGGUUUGGCAACAAGAGAAUACGUUACAAGAAGAACAUUGGUAAGUUCCAGGAGGAAGCGAACCUCUACGCAGUUAAAACAGCGGUGGAUGCUGCCAAUGUGUCGGCGCAGGCUAGCCAGGCUAACUCUCCGGCAACACCAAACUCAGGGUCAUCAGGGUCAUACAGUUUGUCUCACACAGGCGACGCCUACCUUGGCCUGCGUUUGCUCAACGGGGAGGGUCUCAACAUCACCCCCUCUCUACAGCCGCAGGUGGAUACCCUGCACCGUGCUACACACCUGACGGGCGGCUAUGAGGAGCUGUCAGGUAGUGGCCCCUACACCCCUCAUCGCCUGGAUGCUAACAGCUGGCAGGACACCACCAACCCCCCCUCGGUCACCUCCCCUCCCGGUCCUCCUGGCAGCGUCCACUCCGACAACUCCAACUGAUCCGGUGGCUCUCCCCCGCCAUCUCUUCAUUCCCAUUGUGGUCUUCUCUGACUACCAUCCUCUGUCCCCAUUUUUCACUAUUCCCUCGUCACGCGACUCGACAGCCACGCAAGGCUGCCCUCACAUUUCAUAAACACACACUGUGCUGGAACACAGGACAGCCGAACAGUAGUUAGGAGGAAUUCCUCCUCCACCCCACAGCUCCACUUCAACGCUUAGAAGCUCCGUAACUCAGAAUAAAAGAGAGAUGGAGCUUACUGAUGCUGAGACAGAUAGGAAACAUCUUUACUAUCAAGGACUUUUUGAAAACCACUGACCCAGCUGUGUAGAUGAUGUCUGUACAUUAUGUGUAUAUGCACGUUAACUUCACACAGUACUCACACAGCUUGUCCACGUGCUGUUGACCUCUGCACUCGACCCUUUGCUUUGGAAAACUGUGUGUGAUUUCCUGUAUCUCUUGAAGCCUUGGCGUUUGACAGCCAAACUGUUGAUACGGAUCACCAGGGAGCUCCGCUCACCUUGCUCGUACCAAAGUGCUGCCCCAGUAGUUGUCAACACAUCCGUUCCUCCGAGAUCACCCUCUGCCAGCUCAACACAAGACACUGUUGUAUCUUCCAGUCCUUUAUAGCUUGAUGUUUCAUUCUGUUGGAGAUUUCAAAGUGAAAUGAGAAAUGCACACAUGUGCAUGCACGCAGCCCCCCUCCCCUCCGCCCCACCCCACCCCUCCCUUCCACAACACACACACGCACACACACACACACCUCGCAACUUUUCAGUCGUUUUCAUAGUGAGUUGACAUAAAAGAUGUGUCAAGCACAAAAGUUAGCAUCCUUGUUAUGGGUGUCUCUACCUGUGAAAGGGUAGUUAAGGGGAUCACUGUUCUAAACCAGGCAGGACAGGUGCUAAUAGGGCUGGUGAGAAGAGGAGGAAAGGGCAGAGAGAGAGAGGAGAAUAUCUUUGGUUGAGUGGAUGUAACUAAUAGCCCUUUUUGUUGCUAACCAAUAGAGGGUGUUGGUAGAUGGCUUGUAGAUUUAACUUCUUGCUUUCUGUCCACUAGUUUAUUUGAUUGUAGGCUAUUUUCUAAUGCUGUUUCACCAAGAAUGCACCAGCCACCACCAAAAAUUAGCUCAAUAAAGCAUCUAAAUGACGUUAAGAGAUGGGUGGAAAGAAUAGUGGGGCAUUGAUGUGUUGUUGGGACAAACGUGACAUGAAUUUAGAAAAAAACGUGACUGUCUUCCAUGCAUGUAGGACUUCUAGGCGUGAUAUUAUUGUUUUUCAUUUAACCUUCCAAGUUUUUAGCUUCGUUUUUAUUAACAAAAAAAUAAAAAAAUAAAAAAUAAAAGGGUAUAAUUAUUACAGUCAGACCAAAAAGGAAAAAGUGCAUCAUGUAUUGCUAUGAUGUGUGUCUCUGUGUGGGCGUGUGUACAGUGUUCUUGGGAUGUCUUAGUCAAACUGGCUGGUGCCCUCUGACCUUUGUAAGCAUUAUAGAGACUGGGUGUUUCCACCAGCGGAUGACACACUCGGUGGGGUCCAACUGAGAUCUCCUCACCAUCUUGAAACAUUAAAGCUUGUGAGCCCGAGGCAACACACUACAACCUUCUGUUGUACCAAAAACCAAAAAUACCACGUUCAGCAAUGUAAUAAUGCUACUCUGUGUCUCUCUAAAGUCGGUGCACAGCCACCUUUUCAGUUUGAGGAGAGGAGGGAAUUAUAUUUGUAUCUGUGUCUCUCUGUGUGGUGUUGUCAUGCCUCAAGUUGAUUUUUUUUUUUUUUCUUUUGGGGGGAGGGGGUUAUUUUUGUUGUGGGGCUUCAUGGGAGGGUGGGUGGAGUGAGGACUGUCACAUCGCACCUGUAAUUUGAUUGUGUGCAGUUGAGCACCUGUUUCAUGAGGACGUAUGCCUGCCCCCUCCCUUUACUCAUCUUUUAAUACCUUCUGGUAAGAAAAAACCCCACAACUUUAUUGUUUUUAGUUCCAUAGCCAAUUGGGCAAGGGCUUCUCUCUCUCCUCUGUUACCAAAAAACGAGGCAGCACUGGGUGUAGUAAAACUCUUAAAAACGUGUUUAAGACAAACCUACAACGUUUUUUGGGGAUUUUCCUUCUUUGGAACUAUUUUAUACAUUAACUGUUAUGUUAACAACAAAGCAUUUUGAUAGUAAGGUAAAGCCUUAUGAAGAUUUACGUGUCAGUCAAGACUUUGUUGAACCAUAUGUUACAGAACAAAACUUGAGCUUGUAAGCUGGUCACAUGUGAUAUCCCACAUUUAAUUACUUGUUUUGUUACUCAUCGCAGUUCAUACGACUGUAUUUUAUGAAUAAUGUUAUCGCCACACCAAAUUAUCAUGCCCCUCCCCCCUUUUCUACCUGUUGUAAUGGAUGUCACUGUACAGUUUGUGUAAUGUUUCAGUAUUUUUUUUUUUUCUUUUAUAAAUUUUGAUGUUUGGUUGAGAUACCAGUUUUAUUUGGCCUUUUUGUUUCACAGGAUUCACAAUAACUCUGUAUCAACUUUGAAUAUUAUUUAGGUCUUUUGUUACAUAACCGGGUGGAAAUGUAGGUUUACAGGUGUAACAUUUGGUGCUGUGGAAAGAAAACUGUAUUAAUUGAGGAUUUCUAACGGACUUUGCUAUACAUUAUUCGGCAUAUUUCUCCAUGUUGAUUUAUCGAACCCCUUCUCAUCUUAUUACCCACCUCAGUUUCUACAUUUUUCACUCUGUUUUUCAGUCACUUCCCUAAAUUUUCUCAAUUCUGUUUUUUAAAUCUUGUUUUUAAACUUGCUCAAAUUGCUCCAUGAAAUCAGGACAUUUGUGUUAAAUUCAAGCUCUUGAAGUGUCAAAUUAAUCAGGCCCAUAUGAUGUAUGUUUGUGGUAAUUUAAUUCAAAUGAAUUUAAGGCAUCAUUUUGAAAGCAGAAACACUUAAAAUAUGCAACUAAGAAUUUGAAAUUCUCACUUACUUAAAAUAUAAACAGGAAGACCUGCUAGAAGGAAGGCACGCUUCACAUUAGGGGGUUGUGGUGCAUGUUGCUGCUGUCACCCACUCAGUACAGCAAAUACAUUCAUGCCUUAAAUUCGAUCUGUAAUGUCGACCCUGAGCUGCAAUUCUAAAACACAGGAUGUGCUUUUAUCUUGAGUGACUAAAUGACUUCCACAGCAUCAAAUGGCUUCUUAAACCUUUUUGAUUUCUUUGUUUUUAUUAGUAUAUUUGUAUCUCCCCUCUUUCCCUUGUAUUUACCCCUCUCUCUACCUCUGUCUUUCCAUUUCUCUUGUAUAUAACCCCCACUGUUUUCAGACUUGUGAGUCUGUAUGAACUCCUUUUAUACCUCAACUUUAGAAUUGUUCUAGAAAGAGUAAAACAAAAAGGAAGAAUAUGACAAAUUGUAGUGUUCUUAUUAGAAAAUUAAUAAAAAUGAUUUAGUGUGA